AUGGCGACUCCCACCACUUCUCGUCCCUCCAGUCCCGCGACCUCCCAGCUGCCACCCAUGCCAGACUCUCCCGUCUACUCACUCGCUUCAACCGCCCUCCCCCUCUCUCAGUACAACCUGCCUCUACCGCCUCCACCUCGCCCACUGCACUCUGUCAUAACAAAGGCAGAUCUCGAGCGGUCGCAGGAGGCCUAUGCCGAUCUCCUGACCUCGGCCAAGGCGUACCGGGUUGCUCUCGCUGCUCUCUCGACGGCCGCCUCAACCUUUGGCUCUGCGCUGGAAGCAUGUGCGAGACUCAAGGAGGCUCGCUCCGAGCCCAUUGGCCCUGCCGGGACUGCCAACAUGACGGCUAGCUUCACGACAAAGGGCCAAUGUACCGCCGACACCCUCAUGUCUGCGUCGGGCGUGCACCAUCUGAUUGCCAACCACCAGCAGAUCCUCUCCGAGACCGUCUACCGCUCCUUCGAAGUGCCGCUGCUACACGAGCUCGAUAAAUGGCAAACCGUCAUUGGCGACGAGGAGGAGACGUAUCAGCACAACAUCAAGGCUCAGAGCAGAGAGGUUAAGCGCCUGGAGAAGGAGGGCCUGAAGCUACAUAAGCAGAGACGCAGGGAUGUGGCACGGUUCAGGGCCCAUCUUGUGGAGUUGACCUACAAGCUCGAUGGGCUGACAAGUCUGCAUUCAGACCAUGCGAGGACGCUGCUGCGAGAGAGCCAAGAGACGAGCGGCCGGAUCGUCGACGCGAGCUGUAGCCUUGUGCGAGCCGAGGUGGACAUAUUCGAGAGCUUGGCCCGGAAGGGCUGGAGUGGUGGCGGCUUGGACGACGUCUUGGAAAAGGGCCAGGACCUAUUCGCCAUUGAGGACGACCCUUUCCAUGGUGCCGGCACGAGCGGCGGCGAAGGGGUUAAGCUCUUCUCUAUCCUGCCGCCAAAGAGCAUCUUGGCCGACACGGCGUCCGAGCCGAGAAGCGAGAGCUUGCUGACCGACGGGGAACGAUAUCAGUCGCUUGCCGCCACGGCCGCAGAUGCUAAAACACAGAGUGCUGAUUCCGAGAGCGUCUUCUCGGUAGACUUUAACAAGCCGCGGAAUGCUCGCCCCUUUUCGCCACAGCCGAUCCGGCGGGCGCCUACAGAUGUGACGUUUGACUUGUUGGAUAAUCUUGUAGCCUCUCCGUCUCUCAGUCUGCAAGACGGCAUGUUUCCACCGUUGAGCGAGAGAAUCGGCGAAGAAGACGAAGAGGAAGAUGAAGAAGAAGAGGAGCACGAAUGGAGACCAAACGCAGAAGAAGAGCAUCGUGACUACGACCAUGUUGACCACGAGCGUAACGAGAACGGCCAUAACGAGGACAAUCAUAGCAAUGGAGAACAGUCUUCCGAGGAAGCGAGGGAACAGACGCUCUCCGAUGAUGAUAGUGGGGAUCUCACCGAACGUGAAAUCACACAUGAACACGAGGAAGAAGAUGAUGAUAGCGGAGAAGAUGGUCAUAGUGAGCAAGAAGGAGAGAAUAGGCUGAAUUCGUUGAACCAUGACUUCUGA